ACAGCUGGGGAACAGGCAGCAUCGUGCUGAAGCAGCUCGGCAGAGAAUGGUGGAUCUGAGCAUCACGUCUCCUCUCCCAUCCCGCUGCCAAGGCUCUAGCCCUCUUCACCUGCACUGAGGGCUUAUGAAGGACCACCCGGGCAUCGCCACAGCAGACCGCUCCAGGAGCUGAGGGUACUACACUAUCGCUGGACCAAUGGCAAGGCAUCACCGAGCAGCGUACGCCUUAGUGCUCCUGGCAUGUUGCUCUUUGGGCUCUUCUGCACUAGAGAGCCCCAAGUUGUCCUCCUAUGCCAGGACAGAGGACCAGCUGUUCAAAGACCUCUUCGGCACCUACCAGAAGUGGGUGAGGCCUGUGGAGGAGCUCAACGGAACAGUGAGGGUUAAAUUUGGCCUGGCUAUCUCACAGCUCGUCGACGUGAAUGAAAAGAACCAGCUGAUGACAACAAAUGUCUGGAUGAAACAGGAAUGGAUAGACAUGAAGCUCCGCUGGAACCCUGACGAAUACUUGGGCAUUACCUCCAUCCGAGUCCCCUCCGAUUCCAUAUGGAUCCCAGACAUUGUGCUUUAUGACAAUGCAGAUGGUCAGUUUGAGGCCACAGUCACCAAAACCGUGGUAAGAUACGACGGUACCAUCUCCUGGACCCCCCCUGCCAAUUACAAGUCCACCUGCACCAUAGACGUCACUUUCUUCCCGUUUGACCUUCAGAACUGCACCAUGAAGUUUGGCUCCUGGACAUACGAUGGCUCUCAGGUGGACAUCGUCCUGGCAGACGUCCAUGUGGACAAACGGGACUAUUUUGACAACGGCGAGUGGGAGAUCGUCAAGGCAACGGGCAGCCGAGGGCUGCGGCUGGACGAGAACAGCUACUACCCCUUCAUCACCUACUCCUUCCUCAUCCGCCGGCUGCCGCUCUUCUACACGCUCUUCCUCAUCAUCCCGUGCAUUGGCCUGUCCUUCCUCACCGUGCUGGUGUUCUACCUGCCGUCCAACAGCGGUGAGAAGAUCUCCCUGUGCACCUCGGUGCUCGUGUCCCUCACCGUCUUCCUGCUCGUGAUCGAGGAGAUCAUCCCGUCCUCCUCCAAGGUCAUCCCGCUCAUCGGCGAGUACCUGGUGUUCACCAUGAUCUUCGUCACGCUCUCCAUCGUCAUCACCGUCUUCGCCAUCAACAUCCACCACCGCUCCUCGUCCACGCACCACGGCAUGGCGCCCUGGGUGCGCCGCAUCUUCCUGCACCGCCUGCCCAAGCUCCUCUGCAUGCGCAGCCACGUGGACCGCUACGCCACCACCACUAGUGGGCAGCAGCGAGCAGCCCGGAUGGGCCUGGGGGGCUUCACCAAGGGGCUGGCACAGGAAGACACCACCCCACUGCUCUCCUCCAGGAACAACCUGCAGGCUGCCCUGGACUCUAUUCGCUACAUCACUCAACACGUGGUGAAGGAGAAUGAAGUGAGAGAGGUGGUCCAGGACUGGAAGUUUGUUGCCCAGGUUCUGGACCGAGUGUUUCUGUGGGCCUUCCUGCUGGUCUCGGUUCUGGGUUCGGCCCUUCUCUUCAUCCCCGUCAUUUACAAGUGGGCUAACAUCAUCGUCCCAAGCUACAAUGACAUCAGCAGUUGAGACGCAUGCCUGGGAUCAUACUGAGAUUGUAACACACUGUGGAGUACGCCAAUAACAUGCUGGUGAACCAACGCAUCCAAAGCACAAGCACCGUAUACCCUGAUGAUGCUCUUCUUCAACUGGAUCUCAGAGUUCUCAGUGACAGAAAGCUCAUAAUGUGUCUCACUGUAACUAAGCUGCGUUCAUUCAGGCUGUGUUCACUACAGGCUGGCGGUGUGUUAUGUACCAGCGCACUAUUUUUUUGUUAUCAUGGGCACCCGAAUCAACGUAUGUCAACAGAAAGAGACAGACAGCUCUAUAAAUGAGGUGGUUUAAGAAAGGUCGCAUCAAAAAACAUGCUAUGUCAAAGUGGACCAGCACCCAUUUACCAAAAUGGCAGAAAAGGUCACUGGAUUGAUAUGCCUGGAGAAUUUUUCCUUGUGAUCAAGAAGUGUCAUGACUGUAGUGUAUCUGACCUGUUUGGAUAAUAUGAUGGAUUUGGAUGGAAUUAACAGCGUAGCCUUUUGAAUUCAGAGAAAUUCUCUAAACUAUUUUUGUCUAUCUGUCUGCUGUGUGUGUGUGUGUGUGUUCUAAAAAACAGUGUCGCUGCCUAGUCUUGGCUCAAUUGAACACAUUUGGACCGAACCAUACAUUAUAUUUCAGUCAAUGAAUAAUGGUGUUUUAGGAACAUGGGACUGUGGAGUGUAUUUGAUUGGCUUAAAUACCAAUAGCCUUUCACCAGGAUGAACGUCUGUACUUUUAAUGUAGACAGGAGAGUUUAGAGAAGACAUUUAUGAUAUUUAGCUUUUUAAGAUUAUUUUGACUAGUGUGUUGGGGUGAGUCUGGGUGCAAUUGUGUCAGUGAGGAUUUGGUUUUCACACAAGGUACUUGUGGGAUGUCCACCCAUUGCUUGACAGUGCGCUGACUGGAAACUAUGGAAACUAUGCUCUCCUUACUUGCCUUUACAGGAUUUUGCCUUGUUGUUGUACACUUCAAAUGUAAUGCUAUAUGGAGCAGGUAUUUUGUCAAAACUCUAGGAAUUGCUCCCGGAGUUCACUCAUGUUCCACCCAACGAAUAAUGAAUGUAUCACUGUUAUAAAACAACAAGAACACAAACAUAAACAAUAGUGAAUGUCACAUGAUUACAUUCUGUAUCGUCCUGCAAAUACAGCUUUAUUCAUAGAGAUGUCUGUUGUUGUUAGAUAUGUGGAACACAUACAGUAUAACACGCUGAUAAAAGCAACAUUUUUGUCAGUCUUCCCAAAGACUCCCUUACGGUGUCCUAAGUGAAAUUAUAAUAAAGCUAUUAAA